CAGGAAGUCAGUGCGAAAGUAGAAAGAAAGCUUAAUUUUUGUCUUCCAUGAGUUCAUAAAAGGUUACCAGUAAUUUGUGGUACCUUAAAAGAAGGACUGGAAGAGAACACAUGUGGUAAUUUAUGCGAGUAAUGCUCUGUGGCUCAAGCUACACAUAACAUCUCUGUCAUAUCAUAAUGGACGGACCGUGUUCACAUGUAAAGAGCUCAGAAGUAUGUGAUUGUUCAUCCAAACCAUCAUCUUGUGCCCAGUCGUUGACUGAAAUGGACUUUGAGCGGGGAAUAUGGCAAGCUGCUCUGGAUGGCAACCUGAAUAGGGUCAGAACACUUCUGGACAAGGGAGGGGACCCUGAUGCAAGAGAUGGCUCGGGAUAUACAGCAUUGCAUUAUGCCAGUCGCAGUGGUUAUGAAGAUGUCUGUCAGUUGCUCCUUGAACAAGGUGCUGAUGUGAAUGCCCGAACCAGAUCAGGCAAGGUAUCGUCACUACACAGGGCUGCUUACUCAGGUCAUACCGCAGUGGUCAGACUUCUCAUCAAAUAUGGAGCUGAUUUGCAACUCUUGGACAGCGAUGGACAAACUCCACUUCAUAAGGCUACUCAAAAGAUGCAAAAAGAAGUUGUCAGGUUAUUGAUAGGACUGGACUCAAGCCUUACAAAAGUCAGAGAUAAAAAUGGAAGAUUACCUGCAGAUGUCGUGCCCUCAAAUGAACUUGAAAUGUUAGACAUGUUACAACAUGAAUACAAAUAACUAUAAACUAAAGAUUUCAACUAUUUCUACCCUUACGGGCCAUAGUUAAUUUUAUUGUCAGGCAAGUACAUGGAGACUUUAUUUUUUCCGUGAAAUACCAGUUGUAAAAAUGUCGAGAAGCUGAUAAAAACGAAGUACAGUAUUUAAAUGCAUUGGAUCUUUGGGCGACUUCCUUUGUUAGUCAUUGACUAAUAUUGAAAUUUCCUUUUGAGUAAGCAUUGUAAAGGGUAUUUUAAGUGAUCUGUGAAUAGUCUUACUUUUUCCUUGUGAAUUGUGAUAUGGCCAAAACUUUUUCACGUGAAUCGAGAUUUCAUUAGUGGCCGUAAACCGAGAUUUCCCGAAAGAAUUUUCAGUGAAAUAAGAGGUAAACGGUUUAUUUAGCUGUGGACCGUUGUUUUGUUUAUCUCUUCAAUUGUUUUCGACUAUCAUUUUCACGUGAUAAACUUUGCACAGCCUUGGCAGGCUAAUCGUUAAUCUCUUUGCAUCAGCCUUUGGUGGAACGAAAGCGGUUUUCUUUUCACUGAGUGCAGAAGAAGCGGAGGAAUAGCGAAGAUGUUGAACAAGGUUGUGCUUUGGACAUGAAGCUUCAAAAUUUUGUUAAUAGUAACAGUAACAGUAACUUAAUUAUACAUAACAGGUUUACAUGCCUUAGUUGCUCGCAACUACCAAAGCUAUUCUGGACGCUGAGCUACUAUUACAGUCUUGGCAGAGGUUGUCUAGUAGAGUGCAGUUCCAAUUUUCACCAAAAUGAAAUCAGGGAGUAAAUGGGAUUGAUAAUUUA